AUGGCACGCUUUAGGGCCUUCAGCAGCGACACGAGUAGCAGCGAAGACGAACCAGAAACGCGCAAAGUCCCAAUUGAAUCACCUACCAAAUCAACACAUAAAGCUCCAGACGGAUCUGACGACGAUGACAACGAGUCGGAGAAAGAGAACGAGAGCGGGAAUGAACAGGCCUCAAGUUCUGGCGGCUCGUCAUCGGAGAUGCACGAGGACGAACUGGACUCGUCUCCAAUACGGAAGCGGGGGAAAUCUAAAGCGAAAGACCGAAACGCGCUAGUUCAGGACGAAGACGGAGAAGUACGAUAUGCGCAUGAAGUCAACUCACGCGUUUCUACACACGGCACACCGUCAAAGUCGCCUCCUGCUAGGCCACGUCAACCAAAGCGCGGAGAUCCCACCAUAAUACCAUGGGCUCAGCAUGUUGGUGUCGAUCCGCAAAGGAUGCAUGUUAUGCAAAGUGCCCUCUUUCGUACACCAGAAGACGCUGUGGCGCUGAGGGCACUCAAAAGCAAAAGAAACCAACCUCCUCAGCGCACGUCAGCCAAGGCUCUUAACUUAGGUUCGAAUGAUAACGAUAGAGCUCUGAACAGGAAGCAUAGCAGAGAUGAGGAAGGUGAUGGUCUGAGACCAGACUCUCGCGAGAGACUCUCAUUUGCUCAACAAGUCGAAACACCAACGUUCCGCCCAUCAAGAAAAUACGCGCGUGUUGGCUUUACAUCAUCUAUUGCUUAUGGAAAUGAAGGUGCCCGUUUCGACGCUGGCCUUGCUAUGGGUAGUUCUUUCCGAGUAGGUUGGGGUCCUGCUGGGCAACUUGUGCACGUUGGAAGUAUAUGCAGUCCCAUGUCGAUAACUCAUACAUCCUCGAACACAUCUACCAUCACGAUUACCAAAACUUUACCAACACUUAUUUCAUCGCGGCCUGAUUCCAGUACAUUGCCCUCUCAACCAAGCGUACCUGCCCUUGCCACCAAGCUCCUUCAACAUCACCUAACGCACACUACCAUCUCCCCAGACGAGUCGGGCGCUCCCUGCGCAAUACCCACUUCCUCCACACUUUCUGCAUCCACAUCAACGAGAUCGCGUACGCAUGCCCCUGCGGCCUCUCCCGACCCCCUAAAUUUUUCAUCUUUUGCCUCGCUCUUUCCUACUAAUGACACCACGAGUCCCGCUCCCAUCUUUCGUCUGGGCAGUGCACUUUUCGACCCAAUUGAUCUGCAAUUAGGUCGAUCCAAGAAAAAUAGCGGCAUCAUUAGUCCAUCUGCAAUCACCCCCGACCUCCGGAACCGAGUUUUAGUACUCAGAAGAAAAAACGCCUUGAGCAAAUGGCUGAAAGAUGUUGUCAAACCUGGCGUUGAUGCCGAUUUGCGGAUGCAAACAAACGGGUCAAAUGCAUCAUAUACUCCAGCUGAUGCUGCGUUUACCCAUCUUACUGGCCACCAAAUCAACGAAGCCUGUACGACAGCUGCCGACGGAGGAUAUUUUAAAUUGGCGACGCUUCUGAGCCAGGCUGGAGGCGAUGAUCUUUUCAAAGAGGAUAUUCUUUCACAGAUCGAUAUAUGGAAGAGGGAAAAAUUGGUACCAGGGUCGACGGCUACCAGUAAUGGAGGUGUUGGACUUGUCAGCCGAGGAAUUUGGAAGAUAUACAAUCUUCUCGGAGGAGUGAUACACCAAGGAGAGACAGAUGGUAGUCAAAGCGAAGAUGUUUGCACUGGACUGGACUGGAAGCGAGUCUUUGGUCUCUUUCUGUGGUAUGGUACGAGUGUGAACGCAUCAAUAGCAGAUGUCGUUCAUGCUUAUGAAAACAUUCUUCUCCAAAUCUCCAAUGGCCCUUCGACUAUCGCCAAACCUAUACCAAAAUGGGCAGCAAGCCUUGCCAAGCAAGGAUUACCUUUGCCGCUAGGAUCUGCGCGCUCGAGUCUCUUUUCAGGUUCGUCUUCCAGUGCCACCGACAACCUGCCAGAAGAUCCUCUAUACGUCCUCAUCAAGCUUUUUUCUAAUCCGGCUUUAUCGCUCUCGAAGGCUCUCAACCCACUCUCAUUCACUCCUUCCGGUCUCGACUGGGGUAUAGGCAUGUGCUGGCAUUUGUAUAUCAUUCUGUCUCGCGUUAUGAGGGUUCGAGAUUUCUCUGAUAGAACUGAUCUUGCUCGUACACAACAAAAAGGGCAAAAAGGCAAGAGUGCUCUUUCCAAUGGAAGAAGCCAUGUAGACAGUAGCGACGGAUCGACAAGGGAUGAUGACGAUGACGACUUCCAACCAGAAGGACACAGUCCGUCUGCGGACCUAUUGACCAGUGCCUAUGCCUUUGAACUAGAAAGUUGGGGAUUGGUUCAAGAGGCGUCGUUUGUCCUGCUACAUCUUGAAGGAAGCGUCGGACGAGAAAAAGCGAUCAAAGAUCUCCUAGCCCGUUCUGCUCCCAAACUUGACGAUUGGAUGACACGCGCCCUAGUUGGAAGCUUGAAGUUGCCUAUGACCUGGGUCGACGAAGCAAAGGCCAUGUAUGAAUACGAUAGCGGAAAAUUCUAUUCGGCAUACGAAUUCUAUAUCUCUGCGGAAUGCUAUAAUACGGCCCAUGACCUUGCUCUACUAGAACUCGCUCCCGACGCCAUCAUUAGGAAAGAUUGGGAACUCUUGGGUCGCCUGUUCUCCCCUUUCAACAGUGCCGGAAGGAGGGACAAGAUUGAUGGCUGGUUCGUGAAGGGCCAGGUUCUCCUCGACUACGUAGAAAUCAUGACCAAGCUACCCAAACUGUUAGACGAAGUCGCUUCUGAAAAUGAGGAGAGAGCCACUGUUCCAGACGCAGCGCAGGCCGCGGAUAUUGACCGUCUGUCGAAACGCGCUCCAAAGAUAAUCGCGCUCCUGCCUGAUAUCUUCCACCGAAGUCGCACUGUUGAUCCUCGUCACGUGGCCACAUUGGAAGAAAUGUCGAAGGACCUGUUGAAACUCAUAGAAAGGGCGGAGCCCAUGCUUUUGUCGCGCAUUCAGGAGCCAACUCUCAACGUGCUAGAUUCAGCCACCAAGAUUGAUCUUGUACGCGGAAUUGGAUAUGCUCGAUUUUUGCAAAGCAUCGAAGCAUAA